UUUAUUGAAAGUUGCUUUUUCUGCACAAUGAAGAGGAAAAAGCCACUUACUUCUGGGUAUGGUUGCAAAAUUUUCUUGGCAGACUGCUUAAAUCAAGUAUAUUCAAGAAGGAGAAUGCCAUUGUUUUGUUGUGUUGAUGAGAGUUUGAGAGCCAGUUUGUAGAAAGUUUCAAUUUCCUUUUAACUAUUCUCGGACAAACCAUUAUUGGUGUGUACAUUAGCACACAUUCGUUAUAGGCCCUAUUCUCGGAUGACGUUCAAAACCCAGUUUUUUCCUGUUGAUGAUGUUAACUAUUGGGAUAACAGUAACAGGACAGGCUAGAAUCUUUAGGCCACAUUUUCAUGGUACAAAGUUCCAACACUGCAUGCAAUGUGAACGGGUUUGACAUCACACUGACACAGGGCCGCAGGCGCAGGCUCACUCGCUCUCGCUGUAACUCCAGCACUUCUUUGUCUGUUGUGUUCAUAUGACACUUAGUCUAGAGUUGGCCCGGAAGUGACAACGUUACGCUUUUCUAGACAAUUUGAGACUGCUAAAAUGUGGAAUCGGGAAUGAUUGCAUCCUCUCUUCACUUUAGGGUCAGCUUGUUAUAGAAUAAUCGAUACAUGUGUUACUGUUGGACAUCUUCAUGUAUAUUCUACAAAUUGUUCCUUUCUUUCAAUCUUAGGAAUCAAUGUAUCACCAAGUUUUUUAAGACUGCUGAAAUUCAGACUGCCAGAACAAAUAGUCCGAUAAAGAUAUAUCCACUGACACGGUCCAGUAGCACUAGCAGUUUAUGUAGCACACCGGUCAGAUCUAAAGCUAAAGCUCCAGCACUUUGUGGCACCCCUGACUCACUUCCAACACCUAGAAAAUACAAUGUUUGUGACAGUCCAUUGACAGUAGAUCUGACACUUGAUAGUAGCAACUCUGAUUCGGACAUUGUUGUCGAAAAAGUUGUCUCUAGUCAGGGUAAAGGAUCUGUGGAGACAGAUAGUACAAGUGAUAUCGAAGUGAUUAUUGACACACCAACCCAGGCAAAAAAAAGGAUUAAAUUAGAUGAAGAAAUUGAUGUGCUUGUAAACAAGAGCAAGUUAUCAGAAGGGAGUCAAGAAAGUUUGGGUUCUCAGUCCUGGGUAACGGAUGUAAAGAUCACUGAUGUGAAAUCUGUGACUGACUUGAAUCUUGCUUCUACUCCUAGUCCUAAUCCUAGAGUUCUAGAUUCAGAGUUUGCAUUGGAUACAAUCAAAGCCAAAGACAAUUCGGCAACUUGUGAAAAAGAAUUCAGUGAGAGCGUCAUUGACGGUGAAGUUAAAACAGAAAUCGGGUUGACUUGUUCUGAUCCUAUCGCUGUUAUCAAAUGUGAAGAUACCAACCACACAGAUUUGAAUGAUAAUUUUCUUGAAACAUCUUAUUUAAACGUCAAAGGUGAAACUGAAAGUGAAAACAUGAGGGGUUAUGGUGGAAAAUGGGAUGACCAGUCUCGGAACUAUCCAAAUCAGUGUGAUGGAUUCAACCAAAGAGGAGGUUUCCAAAGAGGUGGGCGCAGUUAUAACCAAGGAUGGUCUAAUCGGGGUAGGCGCCCAUUUCCUGACGAACAGCAGGGUCAAGAUGGUUUUGAUUAUCGUAGCAGAGGGAUGUUCUUUGAGGGUCAGCAUCAUGAUGGUUUUGAUAGUAGACGACAUCAAAAUAAUGAGAGCUGUUGGAAAUCUGGUCCACGUGGCAAUCACUCCUCUGGUGGACCUGGCAGGAACCAUCAGUCUGGAUCUUAUUGGGAGUCCGAUUCUAGGCAUCAUAACCGAUCUGGUACAUCCAACUCCCAUCAGAGAGGGCUUCAUCACUCUCAGUCUUACGAUCACAGUUCACGUCAUCGAAACAAAUCAGAUAAUUAUUGGUCCCGUGAUGACAGAGUGGCAGGCUCUAGGAGUGAUGAAAAGCAUGGUAGAGGAAAAAGGUGGUUUUCUUGUGGCGAUGAACGACAGCAUGGAGAUGAUAGACAAAGUCACCAUGGAGACGAUAGGCAUGGUCACCAUAGAGACAGCAGACACAAUGACCAUGAAAAUGAGAGACACAUUCACCAUGGGGAUGACACACAUAAUCUUCACAGAGAUGACAGACAUGCUGACGAUGGGCCGAGUCAAAGAAAACACCAUGAAAACAAAGGUGAUGAAAAAUGUGAAACAAAGAAACAGUCUGUUGAAGCUGUAAAUGAUAGUAAUGAAACUGACAUUGCUAAACUUGACUCUAAGUCUCCCUCAGUAACUGCUCCAGACAAAGAACCUUUGCUUCCUACAGCAAAAGUCGAGGAAGCAUCAGAAUCCCCCGUAAAAAAGGGUAUCAGUAAUUUGAAGAAGCUGUUUGCUAGUUCCCCCAAGGCAUCCCUCCUGCCAUCAGUAGAUGAUUCGAGAAGUAAACCAAGCUCUCCAUCUGUCUCUGAAAUGGUUGGUGGGCAAUCACCUGGUUGCAGCAGCUGGUUGGUUGUUGAUGAGUGCGAGGCCACACCAGAGAAAACUAAAAUGGAGACGCCUGAUUCAGAGACCCAAAAUAUGGCCUCAGAUUUGCCCGGUCAGAUACGAAAACUGAAAGUUGAGGAUUCCGGUAGUCCCAAGUCCCGAAGUCUACCCUACCGUGAAGAAACGUCAUUUGAAAAGCUUUUGGCUUCCUGUGGAGUUGAUAAAAGCUUUGCUGCUGCUACUGGAACACCAGAUGACGAAUUCAAUGUUGGGUCAAUGACAAAAGCUCCUGAGUCAAUGAAGGUCGAGGGGAAUACGGAAACAAAUGGGGAAGAGGAGGAAGAUUUCCUCUUACUUGACUCAAGUGAUGAGUCCGAUGACGACUUAAUGCGGCCGUCUGCAGUAGCUCUUGUCAAGUCCCUCGAAGACGCUUGCAAGCCGUUGCCUCAUGUGCGUGAAGUGCCCGAGAAGGAUGAUAUCAAAGUAGAGCCGUCAAUGUCAGCUCCGAGCCGUAAAAGUGCUGCUGAGUCAACCUCAAACUUCACGUGGAGCCUUGAAAAACUCUUGGAGGAAAAAAGAGAAAAGGAAAGUGAUCGCGGUCGGGAGAUGUCAGCCAUGGAGGCAGAACUAAAGCAAGGUUUAAAGAAUGGAGGAAUAGAUUGCAUGGAGCUCGAUGAAAGCAGCCAAGACAUUGGUGCCACAGAUUUUGAAGCUGAUCAGCAGGAAUGUCUCGAGAGGCUCCUGUAUAUUGAAUCAAUCCAAACACACCAUCCGGGUGAGAUCGUCUUCCAUUCUAACAAGUGUCAUCAGAUCUUCACAUUCCCGGGCAACAUGACUCUCAGCAGUUGUGGAUUCACCAUUGCCAAGAGUAAAAUUGAUAAUCAUUUAAUAAGGUUUGAUAAAAUUGGUAAACUGCUUGAAUUCGUCAAGAGCAACCUCAUCGAUAUGUGCUUCAAAAACAUCUCCUCACAAGAUGCCUUCCUCACAUGGGUUUUCUACACAAUGUCCAUAGUAGACAACACAUAUGCUGUAGAGGAUUUAUACAAUCUUCUCUAUAUUGUCUGGAACAAGAAGAACUCUGUAAAUUGGGUGCCAACGGUCAAAGAUAUUGCUAAAGUCUUUGUUAAUUAUGGUGCUGAUCUGGCUAUGCUAGUGCCAACAACCCUGACUGUCGACUUCACUGAGGAUGAACUGAAGUCAUCAGAGGGCAAGGAGAAUGAAAGAAAGAGCAAGAAGAUAGUGGUGGAUAACAGAACAGGUUAUGGCAGGAGUAACUUGCUACACGUCAUCCAGGCUGUUACUCUGGCAGUACAAAAAAGGCCUCACAGUUACACCAGUAAUGACCUCUGCACAUUGUUUGUGAUGAUGUCUAAAGUGGCCUUGGACAAGUCUUUGACCAUAGGUCAGUUAAAAUUUGACAUUAGGCUGUGUUUCUCAGCGAUCUUGAAUGCCUUCCCUAACGAAGAGUGGCACCAACGAGUCACCGAACUCUGCUGCUAUUUAUCAACUCUGAUCAGCCAUCAUCACAACAAGGUCACUCUCGUACGUCUGAUCCACAACUCGGACCCACGAGGGGUAUUCCUCCAGCGUCGCCUGGCGUACACAAUGCUACAUCAACUCUUCAAUACAACGGAAGAGCAAAAUAUCACUGAAAUGAAGGUGCAAAUGUUACAUAACUUUACAAUAUCCUUGUGUAGAGACCCCGUUGAUGACUAUUACCUUCUAUCCAGCAUCAUCAUAUUACUAGACCAAUGUGUUGGAAAAGAAACACUGCCCUCAAGCGAUAAGCCCGCCCUCCACACCCUCCAUGAGCACAUGCGGCACCUGAUGGGGACAAUCCGAGACACCAUUCACAAUAUGGACUGCACAAAGGUGAAGAACAUGUUAGUGCAAGUUGACGCCAAGUGGAAUUUCAUGCUGCAGGGAAUGGGCACAAAACAGGCCACCCUCUUCCACUGGACAAAUAUGGUUAGUACAGUUUCCACUCACCAGGUAGAGCAGCCAAUGGAAGAUGUUCCUUGCAGCCAAUCAGACGAUGAGGAAACACCAUCAGAAACAAAGACGUAGUCACAAAACGAAAAUCUGCACUUUGUUAUAAUCUACACAGGACUAUUGUCUGUCAAAGAGGAUCUAGGUCUUCAUUUCUGCCUUGUAAUGUCUUUAUUCUUGUUGACUUGCUUCUUGGCUACAUGCCUAUUAUACUGGAAACUGCCUGCCAAACACUGCCCAUAGGUAUCCAUUUACGACUGGAUGUAAAAUUUGAUCAGGCAGCUUCACUAAUUUGAGGGCAUUUUGCCAUUGGCAUUGUGAACCAACAUGCUGGAAUUAUACCUGCUGUAAUAGCGUUUUAUACUGUAUUCUCUUGCAUUAUGCAUUCAAUUCAGAUGAUAUAUCUAUAUCAGGAGAAAUAAAAGAUAUAUU